AAGACGGAUCACGGGACAGAAGUGGACGAUCAACCAGCAGCAGCAGCAGCAGAAGAAGAAGAAGGAGAAGAAGCAGAAGCUGGGAAAUCAGAUGGAUGGCACGAAAUGAAGAGAGUCACCAAGUAAUCAGGUGGAUCAGCUGCCGUGGUCUCCAGGUUGGAGGCGACGCAGGGCUGGAUGGCUCUCAACUGGAUGAGGAAGAAGAAGAGGAAGAUGGAGUUCUAGCAGUCGUUCUAGCAGUAGGAGGAGGCGGCAGCAGCAGCAGCAGCGGCCCGGAGCAAUCUAAAUCUGCGCACUGGCUCUGCGCAUUCUGUCCAGUUUCAUGGAGAUAAACGCCGGGGACUGAGGCAGCGGCUGCAGGCAGCUCCAAUUUGACGAGUUGACAAGGUGUCAGCUGAGCUUCGCCUCUUCCGACCGUCAAUUCUGUGCACGCUGGCUUGGAAGGGGAGGGAGGAGGGGAAUCAGUGGGGCUGCCAUUUCCCGCCUUUGCUGGAGGUGGAGGUGGAGGUGGAGGGGAGGGAAGAGAAGCAGGGCAUUUUCGAUCGGCUGUCGUCGAGAGAGGAGCGAGGCUGCCUGCCUGCAUUGCGUCUAGUGUAGCGGACUACGAGGCGGCGCGUAAUAAUGGAGGCGCGAGCACAGUGAUGACCAUGUGACAGGUCACUGGAGGAGUAUCGUAACCGCGAAAGCCCGAGCUGCUCUGAGCGGACAUUCAUGGACUGCCAUUGACAAUGCGUUACGCUUUCCUGACACCGCCCUCUGAACAUUCGCCAUCGCCCCUCUGAACUCCGAAAUCUGAACGUGAUUAUAUCCGCACGAGGUUUACGGCCAGCGAAAGAGGAAGAUAACUCGAAGCCUCGCGCGUUCCAGGGACCCCGUUCAAAAGUGUCUCGUUAAAUUGAUCACGUACCACUCCGCGCUCCUCCCCAGCGAGUCCGACGCCGUGGUCUCUGAUCCAUCGUCACUAGAGUAAAACUCGUGUGAGAGCAUGUCCCCAUCUUGACGAUGAUCUUAAUGGCGAAUCAGCCACCUUCUCAUCGUUAAGCAAAUCCUCGGAUACGACAGUCGGGGGGGGCAGUGUUUGGUUCUCGGACAUCCGCCGCUCUCGAAUGUGGGAGCUCUGAUUCUCGUCUUGGACAGAGUGUCAUUCGAUACAGUGACUGCGGAGGAGGUGCGUUGAAGUGAGGUCCCAUAGCGCCGAUGGAGGCGGGCACUUUUUGAGGAAUGAUGGUCUGUGAUAGAAUUGGACAGGAGUAUUAUUACUAACGAACGAUCCAGCGCCACCCUUUCGGCUGCGCUGACGAAUUUUGCGAAAGCACGAAGACCAGAAUGCGCAAUGUUUGCCGCCCGCUGGCUGGGCUCUGAAGGCCUGUGCGUUUGAGCACAGGGCUGGGUGGCUGGGUGGCUGGCUACGUACAUGAGUGCGUGAUCUGAUGAUGAAUGGCAACUACAUGCGGCAUGGUUUGAAGAGAAGCGCUCGAGCGGACGUCAUGAACUGAAUCCCUCCCUCCCUCCCUCUCGUGGGGGCACAGGCGAAUGAAAUUUCAAAUGCCAUCCAUGCCUGCCCGCCCGUGAUCGGUGACGGCCUCGAGCUCUCUGCGAGCCUCGGCGCAGUGACAGGUUGAGUUUUCACUACGAUGGAUGAUCGUACGACGACGGUCGUGUUGGGAGUCGGAAUCGGUAUUACAGUAUGCGCUAUAGCUCUGCUGCUGGUCCUCCUGUUUCUCAUUCAGAGGAAGAGGAAGGAGCUGCUCAUGCCCAACAGCGCCGAUGCACUUCCGCAGUGGAGCAAAGGACCCCAGAACUUGCACUCGUCUAAUCAAAUUCGUGUGUGGAGAACAGAUUCAUCGCCUCUGUUCAGGCGAUUCAAGCUGCGCGAGGUGAAGAAGGCGACGAACGACUUCAGCACCAUCAUCGGGAGGGGCGGAUUCGGCACUGUCUACAAGGCCCGAUUCAAAGACGGCCUGGUGGCGGCGGUGAAGCGCAUGAACAAAGGCUCGCACCAAGCGGAGAACGACUUCGCGCGCGAGAUGGAGCUGCUCGGGCGGCUCCACCACAGGCACCUCGUCUCUCUCAGGGGAUUCUGCGCCGAGAAUCGCGAAAGAGUCCUCGUGUACGACUACAUGGAGAACGGGAGCUUGAAGGAGCAUCUUCACGGUAUAGGGUCUUACGAAGUGUACACAAGCAUCAGCUUCAGGUGUGAUGAAAUGGAUAGUGUAUCUACUAUGUCGGGUAAUCUCACUCAAAUCAAGACCAAAUCUUCUUUGAACUGGCAAACGAGGAUGCGAAUAGCCACAGGGGUUGCAGCUGCCCUGGAAUACCUCCACAUGUAUUGCGAGCCUCCACUCUGCCACAGAGAUAUAAAAUCCAGCAAUAUCUUGUUGGAUGAAAAUUUCGUCGCAAAGGUCGCGGACUUCGGUCUGGCUCACGCCGCUCCCAGUGGAAAUUCUCAAGCCGAAACCAUGAGCACGGAUGUCCGAGGCACACCUGGUUACAUGGACCCUGAAUAUCUUGUCACCCAUGAAUUAACGGAGAAGAGUGAUGUUUACAGCUUCGGAGUGUUACUACUGGAGCUGAUCACAGCUCGUCGUGCCGUCCAUGAGAAGAAAAAUCUGGUGGAAUGGGCACAAUACUACAUGAAUAACGAGUCCAGAUUCUCCCAGCUGGUGGACCCGUUUUUAGAGAGCAACUACGAUGCGGAGGAGCUUCGCCAUCUGAUCUCCCUCAUAAAAGUAUGCACUCUUACCGAUGGAAAAUCCAGGCCGAGCAUGAAGCAUGUGGUGAGCGUUUUAUACGACAAGCUUGACCUGGAAAGAACACCCAGUGAAAUUUGCAUCACCAACUCCAACGUCCAAUCGAACGUCCAAUCGAACGUCAACACAGACAUGGGGUCACAGAGAUCCAUACGUUCUAGUCCACCCACAUCGCAAGGCGGGACCACCAACCGAAGCUAUCGGUAUAACGAUUCGGCGAGCAGUCCUAUUUCUCCUUCCAUUUCAGACAGAAGCUAGUAAGUAGAUCACUCAUCACACUCAGAAACCAUCUUCUCUGGUCCAUCUUUGUUCCCUUUUUUGCACCCGUGACGUUACUGGAGAAGAUGGAAGAACUCGACAGUUGACCACCUCGAGCAAGGCUGCCUGUCGUCUCUCGAAUGGAGAGGAUGGAUAUUCGUCAGCUCGUAUUAGUUUCCUUAAUAUCUUUCGUAAUGUGAAAUCCUAGUAUGGGAACCACAAUUUGACGGGUGAUUGAUGGUCAACUCGAGGCUUGUAGUUUUCACAUGCUCGAUAUGUGGCGAAACACCACAUAGUGAGUCUGAAGUUCGACUCUCAGACCUCUUGAGAGAAUUGGCAGAAAUCUUGUAGUAAGAUGGUGGUGAUCCACUCAUCUUUACAAAUUUUAAUACUCGAUUGUGAUCAAGGUUUUACAGUCGAUGUUAACUUGAGAUUAGAUUAGACUUGACUCCAGUCAUCAUUUGUAGCAAAGAUCAUGGAUGGAGACUUGAGGUCUGUAUAUAUAGGCGGCGCCAAUUUUUUGGUUUUGCUUGAGCUGUCAAGGAGAAACUUCGAUCCGGCUUCCCAAGUCGCUCGAGGCCUGGACUUUUUGUCAACUCGAUGAGCCCAGCAGCAAAAGAUGAUCUCGCCGCUGGGAAUGUAUGUAUGGUCAUCGUCUAUGAACGCCUAGCUACAAGAAAUGUAGUUUGUGUUGUACACCUCUUUGAAAUGUAUUCAAACCUGUGUGCUUCUUUAUUUG